GCGAGUGUGGCGGCGGGAGUGAGGAGGCGGCCUCCCCGGAGGAGGAGGAUGGUGGUGGUGGAUUCCCCCGCGGCGGGGCUGCGCCUCCGGAGCCCGCCCUGCCCUCCGCCGCUGGGGAAGUGAAGGUGCUGGACCAGUGCCUGGAGGCUGUCAUGGGCCAAUAAACUGAAGCUGAAUCCUGAUAAGACAGAAGCUCUGUGGAUUGGUGGUUCCUGAGUCCGGGAAUUGGGACUGUGAAGCACAGUUUGAGAAUCGCUAAUGCAGCAGAAGCUGGAAUGCUAAUUCAUACUUCUAAACAGCCACUCCCUGGUGAUCCCUCUCUAAAACUAUGCCAGAGAUGACCGAGAAGGCUCCUCUUAAGAAGCAGCACCGAAAGAAAAACCGUGAGACUCACAACGCAGUGGAGAGACAUCGAAAGAAGAAGAUCAAUGCUGGAAUAAAUCGAAUUGGUGAACUAAUUCCAUGUUCCCCAGCACUGAAACAGAGUAAGAACAUGAUUCUUGAUCAAGCAUAUAAAUAUAUAACAGAAAUGAAGAGGCAAAAUGAUGAACUCUUGUUGAACGGAGGGAACAGUGAGCAAGCUGAAGAAAUAAAAAAGCUCCGGAAGCAGUUGGAUGAACUCCAGAAAGAAAAUGGGCGCUAUAUAGCACUAUUGAAAGCCAAUGACAUUUGCCUUUAUGACGAUCCUACCAUCCAUUGGAAAGGAAAUCUUAAAAAUGCAAAAGUUUCAGUUGUUAUCCCCAAUGAUCAGGUGCAGAAGAGGAAAGGAAGCCUCAAAAAUACAAAAGUUUCUGUUGUUAUUCCUAGUGAUCAGCUGCAAAAAAAUAUAAUUGUAUAUUCCAACGGCAGUCAGCUUGGCGGAAGUAACCAGGGGGCAUCUGUCCAGGGAAUAACCUUUAAUAUUAGUCCUAAUUUACAGAAGCAGACAGCUAAUGUUGUUCCUGUCCAAAGGACUUGCAAUCUAGUUACACCUGUGACCAUUUCUAGUAUAUACGCCACAGAAAUCAAGUCAGGAGUUCAGACUUCAGUUUCUCCUUUGGUGUCAGGCUCACCAAAUCCAGCCAAAAAAAUUCUUGAGUGCUCUACCUCUGAAAAUGAGCAGGGUGUACCUACCAGUACUAGUGCUGCCAGCUCUGUGAAUGCCUUGCAGCUAGUGAGGAUACAGUCUGAAAUACAGAGUUCACCACACGAUGAAGAUAGACCAGAGAGUUUCAAGUUAAUUGAGAAAGCAGGAAUGCCCAUGACCAACCUUCCCGCCAGUGCUAAUGCGGACAUACCUUCUUCUCAGCUGGCAGAUAGACCUCCUAAAAGGGAUUCAGGAAGUGGGUUCCCAGAAAGUUGUGUAGUUUCAGCAGCUGAUACCAGUGUUACGCCAUCUGUAAGGCUCUCCAUUGAUGGAAAGCCAUCCACAGGAAAGGUCUUCAAAAAUGUAAAUGUGCUAAGUGGCAGAGGAGCACCCGCAACUUCUGCAGUAGAAGGCCUGAAGGCCUCAACAGAAAUGAACACCUUGCCUGCUACUACUUUAGAGAAGUGGCCUUUCCCCAGUUCUGCAGGUGUUGGCACUCCAGGCUCAAAAAGCAUGGCUAGCCUAACACGAAUCACCUCAGCUGGAAACACCCAGACUACUUGGACUACUUUGCAGCUAGCAGGGAAUACUGUUCAGGCUCUAAAUCACGCUCCACCCAACAUAAUGACUCCCCUGUUAAAUGAGCCAGUUAAUGGAACUAGUAUUCUAACUUCCAGUCCUAACAGGGUUUUGUCAACAACUGCCAGUUUAAAUAAGUCUCUAGUUGCAGGUGAACAGACAGCUGAGAAAAUUGUGGUUACUUUGCCUUCCUACCCAUCCUUACCAAUCCAGCCACUAGUCACGAAGACCCAGGUUGUUGCGCAAUCUGCAGGCAGCCUCCUUCCAUUGAAUCCAGCCAUGCAGGUGAUUCAGAUGUCCCAGCCGGUGGGUUCCCCUGUUGCUGCGUCACCUGCUAAUCAAAACGUCGUCAUUCUCCAGCCUCCUCAUGCUACUCCCUGCCCAUCGGUUUUGAGAGCUGAAAUCCCCAACCAAACUGUUAGCCAACAAAUUGUUAUUAUACAAACUGCUAACCCAAAUCCUCUCUCUCUUUUCUCUACCCAACCUCCUGUCAGAAUGCCUGUGAACGGCGUUUCUUCCACAGCAAGUGCUAGCAACCCUAUGCAAAAUCCGUCUCCCCCUCAUAUGUUUGGUGGGAAACAUCUCGUCCACAUUUUACCAAGGCCAUCCUCUUCACCAUCGUCUAGCUUGACGCAAACCUUUUCCGUUACAAUGUCUAACCAGCAGCUUCCACAGACGGUUUCUUUAAAUGGACAGCUAUUUGCAUUGAAGCCUGUGAAAUCCUGUUCUGGAGGUUCUGAUCAAACUCCUAUGCAAAUCAUUCAGCCUACCACCAGUGAAGAUCCAAAUACCAACGUUGCCCUCAAUACAUUUGGUGCUCUAGCUAACCUCAAUCAAAGCAUAUCGCAGAUGGCUGGACAAAGCUGUGCGCAGGUGUCGGUCAGUCAGCCCACCAAUCCAGCCACUGCCAACAGCCAAACCACGUCAGAUAAUCGUGUUUUGCCGGCAGCUAUAGUAGCAUCCUCUUCAGCUGCUGAGAACGCUGUAUUAACCAGUGUUGCACAUUCAGUAAAUGCUGCUCCACAAAAAGCUUUUCUUGGUUUGGGCUCAAAAUGGUCUAAUAAAAACUCAAGUACUAAAAAAUGUUUACUGGCCAGCAGCAGCCUUGCAUGCCGAAUGAAUUCUUGCAAAGAUUCCAAAAAACGUGACAGUGCUAAUGUGGACAUGGCCCCUGAGUAUUCAGGAAGUGACAUCUUGCUUGAAAACAUGCCUGUAAAUGUAGUGUUGCAAGCCUUAUCCACACCACAAGCAAAUAGGAAAGCACCUGACAAUGUAAAUGCUUCUGAUUCUUGUCCCGAAGAGAGCCUAAGAGCUGAACAGGACCUGGAAUCUACUCUGGCACCUGACCCAAGUGCCGCUGUCAUGCCUGGACUAUUGCCCCUGGAAUCGUCCUUGUCAGGACAGCUUGAAGUGGUUGCUCCAGUUUCCACAGACUGUGCUUCUCCACCCCUUCAAAUGUGUAAAUCUCAAACUAAUUCAGCAGCAAAUUCGAAGUUAUCAGAAUCAUCCAAAUGCAUUGCCACCAGCCCCUUAACAUCCUCUUCUUCUGACUCACACUUGACAAAUCCCCAAAUUUCUGGGACGUCUGUGACUAACAGAGAGACAAGUGCAGAGAGUGUUCCUAGAACAGAAGUCUCUGAGAUCUGCAGGGUGGAACCAAAUUGUUCUAUAGUCAUGCAAGCCACAGAUUUAUUAGAAGAACAAGGGCUAACCAAGAUAUUCUCUGAUUUCAGUAAAGUGGGAGAAGUUGAAGAAAAAAACUUUUCUGCCCAAGGAGAGCACCCUAGAUUUCACACCCAAAGCACUAAAUCAGUUAUAGACUCAAAUGAUGACUUGGCAGGGAAGCAGGAAGGGCUCUUGCUGAUGAACAAUGAAGAGGAAAAUCUCACGCAAUCUCAUCCCUGCACCUCUGAGCAAGAGGCAGCCACUGCUAACAGACAAGCGGACUCUCCCAUGUCAACCAGCUCAGGCAGCAGUUGUGGCUUCACAGUUGCAUCUAUGUUGCCAGACACAUGUAGGGAAAAUGUUCCCAAUAGCAAUUUGGUGAAUACAUGUAACAGCUGCACAUUUUCAGAGCAAACCGAUAUUGUAGCACUAGCAGCAAGGGCCAUUUUUGAACAAGAAACCUUUGCGAAAGGUACAGUGGCAGUGUCUGGAACUGCUGCUUCGAAGACCAACGAAGUCUCAUCUCUAGGAAGAGAUCAGACUUUCAAGUCUCAUACAGCUAAAAAUGCAGACCAGAUAGAAACCGCAUCAAACAAUUUCAGCAACCAGAAUUCUUUGCAAAUAAAUAUUGACAGGUCAGCUGAAAAACAAAGUUGUUCUGUCAGAGUGGAAAUGUCCAGUACAACUUUGCAAAUCGCAACCCCUCAAUCUUCAAGCACAUCAAGCUUGAGUGUCAAUAAUCUCAUACAUCAAAGCUGCAUCAUUCACCCAGCUGUAAGCUGCUCAGCUUCAGCCUCACCUCCAGACCAAGCAACUGUUCCUGUGACCAUGACUCAAGCCAUGCCUGCUAAUUCAUAUAUGAAUCAGUCUCCUGAACAUUCUCCAGUGCUAAUGACAGACUAUGCGUCAGAGCAGCUGCCUGCUCUUCGGACAACCGCCAUGCAGGCUCCACAGAUGCAUGAGCCACACUUAAAGCACCAAAGCCAGGAAAGCCGCAAAGACUCCGUCAAACGUUCCGUACAAGAUGAUCACCUGCUUUCCGCAUCAAAGAGGCAGAAACCGUGCCAGACAGCACCUCUGCAGCUUGAAGACAUGGCUUUGCUGAACCAAACAAGCAAUGAUAUUACAGAUCACAAUCGAGUCCUUGUCAAUCAGAUCCCCCCCAACUCAUCCAAUCUUGCUGUAUCAGUGACCAGUCAAGGGCACACUGAAGGCCAUAGCAGAUUAUUUCCAACCAGCAAUUUUGGGUCAGCUGCCCUGAGGCAAUCGGACGUUCAGUGUAAUUCUCAGCCUUCUGUCUCUGAUCAGGCAGGACAACACCUGCAGCCUAUUCAGCAUGCUCCCACUCAAGGAAUGGCUCAUCUUCAUAGUAAUCACCCCUACAUAAAGCAGCAGCAGCAGCAACAGGCUGGACAAUUAAGAGAGAGGCAUCAGUUGUAUCAACUCCAGCACCACAUUUCUCAUGCAGAAAGCUCUAUCCACACUCAAGCUCACAAUAUCCACCAGCAAAGAAUAAUGCAUCAAGAGGUACAAAUGCAAAAGAAAAGAAACCUGAUCCAAGCGGCCCAGCCCACGACACUUGCUUUACAGCAGAAACAUCAUGGAAAUGACCAGCCACGGUCAAAGAGCAGCCAGCCCCACCCCCACCACCCACAGAUUCAACAGAUGCAGCAGCACUAUACAACUUCCCAGUCUGAGAAGAGCUGCGAGAACUCUGGGGCGAGCAGAGCUCACCAUAACCAUCCUCAGAGCCUUCUGAACCAGGACAUUCUCCAUCAGCCACCGCCAGAUGUGGGCAAUAGACAGUCAGGUUCUGGAGUUCCUUCUGAACACUUGCCAGGACAUGGUCAGAUGCAGAGACUUAUGACCUCCAGGGCUUUGGAACAGCAAAUGGUGUCCCAACCUAGUAUUGUCACCAGGCCAUCAGAUAUGACUUGUGUCCCCCACAGACAAGAGAGAAAUAGAGUUAGUAGUUACUCUGCAGAGGCACUUAUUGGGAAGUCUCCUAAUUCAGAGCAGAGGCUAGGAAUAUCUGUUCAGAGCUUGAGGGCUUCAGACCAUCUUGAAAUGAGAAAUUACCUUGAUGUGUCUAGGAAUAAAGGUUUGAUAAUCCAUAACAUUCAAGGUCGCAUAUCUGUAGAUCAUACAGUUGGAUCAGAUCUUCAAAGGCUCUCUGAGUGCCAGACAUUCAAGGCAAAUGGCACUAACCAGCAGGCCACAGGCAAUUUUGACGUGCAGGCCUCAAGAAGCAAUGAAAUAGGUAAUUCAAUGUCGUCUCUCAGGGGUAUGCAGUCACAGGCUUUUCGAAUUGCUCAAAAUGCUGGGCCACCUAUAGACAGACAGAAGAGGUUGCCCUAUCAAUCAGUUCAGGGCAUUUCAGCAGGAAAUCCACUCCCUCCCCCAAGAGACAAUGAAAAUACAUGCCACCAAGGGUUCAUGCAGAGUUUACUUGUCCCUCAUCUUGGAGAUCAAGCCAGUGGAAGCCAAAGAUCAAUUUCAGAGCAUCAGAGAAACCCACAGUGUGCAUCUUCUUCAAACGUUGAAUAUAAUUGCCCCCCAGCAAGAGACAGUGUUCACAUUCGAAGAGAAGGUGAUGGUCAGAAUAGAGAAAGUUGUGACAUGUCUCUUGGUACUAUUAAUAGUAGGAACAAUUCAUUAAAUAUUCCUUUUUCAAGUUCUUCAGGAGAUAUUCAGGGUCGCAACUCGAGCCCCAAUAUUUCUGUUCAGAAAUCCAAUCCCAUGAGAAUGACAGAGAGUCAUGGAACAAAGGGUCACAUGAAUGCUCCAGUUUCUGGCAAUGUGCAUGGAGUUGUCCGACCUCCUCUCCACCACCCACCAGUCUCUCGUGGAAAUGCUGACCAAGUCCCACCAUCUAUUCAUCAGCCAAGCUCUUCAGCUACUCAGCGGUCAAGGCAUCCUCUACAGGAUAAUAGUAGUUCUAAAAUUCGCCAGCCUGAAAGGAAUCGUUCUGGAAAUCAGAGGCAUGGGAAUGUCUUUGAUCCUAGUCUUCCCCACCUUCCUUUGGCUACCAGUGGUACUAUGAUCCUUGGACGGCAACAACAUGCUCUAGACAAAAGAGGCAGUAUUGUUCGAUUCAUGCCUGAGGGGCCACAAGUAUCUAAUGAUAGUGCACCUCCUGAUCAACAUGGUUUGUCUCAAAACUUUGGAUUCUCUUUCAUUCCAGAGGGUGGAAUGAAUCCUCCAAUAAAUGCCAAUACGUCAUUCAUCCCACCAGUGACUCAAUCCAGUGCUACUCGAACACCAACCCUGAUUCCAGUAGAUCCUCAAAAUACAUUGCCAUCAUUUUAUCCUCCAUAUUCUCCUGCUCAUCCUACCCUAUCCAAUGACAUUUCAAUUCCUUAUUUUUCUAAUCAAAUGUUUUCGAAUUCAAGCACAGAGAAGCCCAGUGGUGGAGGUCUAAACAACCGGUUUGGCUCUAUCUUGUCUCCUCCCAGACCAGUUGGCUUUGCUCAGCCAAGUUUUCCCCUUUUGACAGACAUGGCCCCAAUGCAUAUGGCCAAUUCAUCACACUUGUCCAAUUUUAAUUUGACUUCUUUGUUCCCAGAAAUAGCUACAGCUCUUCCUUCAGAUGGUUCAGCAAUCUCUCCUCUGCUAUCAAUAGCAAACACUUCUGCUUCUGAUUCAUCCAAACAAUCAUCAAAUCGGCCUGCUCAUAACAUAAGCCAUAUUCUUGGUCACGAUUGUAGUUCAGCUGUAUGAAAAGUAUGGUGGGUUGUUUUGUGUGUGUGUGUGUGUGUGUGUGUGCGCGCGCGCAUUUAUGCGUGCAUAUGUAUAAUACAUUUUGUAUGUACAUAUGCAUACAUAUAUGCUUCCAUUUGGGGUUGCCACCUGAAGAGACCACUCACAGCAUUAUUGUCUGUGAGAAAUAUGUAUACAUGGGCAGGUGUUUCUCUGUUUCUACAUACCCAUGUUGCUAAAGUAUCAGUGCCUAUCUCAGUGCUUAUUAGUAACACCUUGAUCUGUCUUAACAACAUAUAAUAAUCUCAUAGUUACAAACUGUCCCCCUCUGUGCCAAGAUCAGCCCUGUGCAAAAUAAGACCAGGGAAACUGAUUCUGAAGAGGUGUAUUUAUAAUCCUUGGAGAAAAACUUUUUUUUACCAUGAUGUAGAUCUGUAAAGGCCUCAGACAUACCUCAUUUGGAGUCUCUUCAUACCUGAUCAUUUUGAUUGCUUUUUGUGUUAACGUUUAUCAUAGACACCUACCACAGGGCUAACUAUGUGGUGAAUUCUGUGGUGCAUGUACAAAUGUAGUGCUAAAUUUAGCUUCUGAGGAGCUGUAUGACAAUUAUAUAAUAGAAAAUAUUUGAAAACAUUUAUUUUAAUGCCCUCCUCUAGAGGGAUGUUUAACAUUUAUUUUAACAAAUUCUGCUAGCAAUGCAUAGUUGUUGUUUUUAAAAAUCUGUUAGUGGUCCCGUCCCCCUGUCUCCAACAUGGCAUUCAUCCUCGCUGUUACUGGCUUGUAUGCUGUGAGCUUUCUCAGGGUACCUGUUUUAUUUCUUGUUUAGCACCUUCUCGAGGAGAAAGUCCCUCUUUUUUUAAAAAAGCACACCUUGUAAUGUGUGUUUUUUACUCCCACCUCCCCCAGGUUAAGGUUUCCCUGAAGGCUAGUAAUAUGAACAUAUUGUGCUAGGACAGUUUUCCUCAACCUGGUGUCCUCCAGGUGUUUUGGACUUCAAUUCCCAUCAGGCUCAUCCAGUGUGGCCAAUGGUUAGGAAUUCUUGGAAUUGUAGUUCAAAAUAUCUGGAGGCCACCAGGUUGGGAAUGCUGCCCUAGGAUGUUGGUUGAAACUGUAGGCAAAUACAAAAUGAAUAUUAAGUGCUAAUUUAAAUGUAUUACUUCGUACUUAUAUAGCACCUUCUAUCCAAACCAGAAGCUCUUUGAUGAGAGUGGAAAGAGGAGUGUGUGAGUGUUUUAUCACUUUGCAAAUUGGAUAGUCUUGCUAGUGUGAAUUGAAUGGAGAUUAAGAAUGCCAGAUGGAAAUGGUUGCUUUAAAAAAUCCCAAACACUUCUCAGUGACUUUAUAUAUGAAAUACGUAAAAAAAAAUAGUGUUUCUCUCAAGAUGAUUAUAAAUACCAUUUUUAUGUAGCCUUUGGAAUGUUUAAAACAGACAAUAUUGUUUCCAUGCAACUCCCUGAGCUGCGCUAUGGUGGCAGUCAGUCAUUGGCUUAGGCCGUAGGCUAUUUCCUUGGGUGGGUGGGGGUGCGGAUGCAGGUGUUGCUAAAUUCUUUGCUUAACUUUCCUUAAAUCCACAAACAUAGCCACAGCUUCAUGAACAUGUAAUUGUCUUCACAGUGAGAUAUAAGGGAUAUUAGAAAGGGGGGAUUAUGUAAUCAGUGCUUACUAAAUGUGCUGAUGUUACAGCAUGGAUCAAUCUUGGAAUGAUGAUUAAGUGUUGAGUCAACAGCACCAGAUACAUUUAUGGCCACCUGUACCAGAGCAUGGUUUCUUAAGAAAAUUGUAAUCUUGAUUGAGAAAUCUGAAAUGGCUCACUUAGUCAGAAUUAGGACAGUAGGAAUAACCAUGAGCUCAGCUUUCUGAAUAGGGCUAGGGUUAGGAAGUUCUUCCUUGGUGGUCCAUUCUCUUUCCCCUUCCCUUCCAUGUACCUCUGUUUCCCCAGGAUAAGACCCGGGAUCCCUUAGCAAUGGCCAGCUAUCAAGCCCAAAUAAUAUGUAGCAUAGACUUGUUCUUCUUAUGCUUGAAGUUUUGUAGGUCAGAAACCAGAGGCAAAAUUUGAACAAUUUUAAUUAAUUACAAUCAAAUUCCCAAUCUCUCUUCAGUAUGUAAUGUAGGGAACCAUGGUUGAGUUGUACCAGUGAAAACUGAGAGCAGCUAUAUGGCAUAUUACUCAAAUAUUUUAAAUGUACUUGAAAAGUUUAACCUACUGUGGAUUGGAUUCAGAGAAACACCAGCUGGAGGGAAUGGGUAGAAGGUGCCACCUGGCAGCCCCCAAGCCCUCCAAAAGGACUGUGGGUCAGAGAGUGCCUACUGAAUAUGGUGUGCUGUGGCAUAUGGCAUGUGGGGUGAGGCGAGAUCUUCAGAAAUUGGGCAGAGGCAAUCCUCCCUUUCCUCCUAAGACCUCUGCCACAGCCUACCCUAGGGAGGGGUUUUUCAGGGGGCAGGGAGGUCAUCUUCCAUAAGUAUAUCUGGAACCAGCCAAGUGUCUGGACCGGUCUCUGGAAGUCUGAACAUUCUGGCUUUUUAAAACCAAACCAAACAAACAAACAAAAAACCCUUCAUUAUUAGCAUAUACAGGUUUUUCCCUAAAUAUUGCUAACUUUUUUUUGGGGGGGGGGUGUUCUUUAUAUUAUCUGACCUUGCAAACUGAAAAAUCAAAUUUUCAUUUUAUGGAAAUUGUAAUGUGCCUUGGCUGUGCAUUGGCAGUGUCACAGUUGUUGACUAUCCUAUAGCUUACAGUUUGUCCACUUUUCCCUACUUCCUUUUAGUUAGUUAUGCUGCAUAUUUGGUGUUUAUGUUAAACAGACUGCUAGGACAGAAGGAUUCUUGUAUCAUUUUGCAUUGUGAGAAUUGAACCUAGAUACUCAAAUAAUGAGUAUUAUUAGUAAAGAGAUUCAAAGAGGGGGAAGUGACUUGCGCAAGACCAUGUGACCAGCCAGAGACAUACUGGAAUCCAAGUUUCUUGAGUGACCUUUUUCCUGCUGCAAAUUCUCACAGAAGAUUGUUUCUCUGGAAUUCUGUUCAGCUUCCCUGUAAAUUGGUUGAAUGUGGGCUGAUGUGCAGGUGAAAGGGAAAUGCUAGAAAAGACGGUGCUAUUUAACGACCGUUGGAAAAGGUAUCUGUAUUCUCUUAUUCUGAGACACUUUAUUAUACUCCCUUAAGUUUUGCACCCAGGUCUCCCUAGGAAACUGUCAGGUUACCAAAAGUCCACAAUUGGGCGGGUAUCCGUAUGAACUUCUGCAAAUUGGUUUCCAUAACAGCCUUUGGACAAUAGAUAAAAAAAUUAAGACUAUUCACUCUUUCAGUAUGUGUUAUUCCAUAUAAACAAAUGGGCCUGUAAUAAAUCUUGCUAGGGCAUUCUGGUAAACUAUAGAUACAUGCUAAUGUGUGACUUUGUGCUGACAUACAUCUUUGUAAUAUCUUGGAGUUACCUGCAAUGACAGUUGCUGUUUGAAGUGCUAGCAAAGCCUAAAUUUUUGAUAGUUCCAUUUAGCUGAAAAUUGGCAGCCCUCUACUGAGAUUCCAUUAAGCACAAACUCUUUUGAAAGGGUUGUCUGCAGAUCUUCCCUCCUUAUUUGAGGCAGUUGGUGCUCUUCAGUAAAGAGCAAAUAUACCUAGUAGUUUCUACCUUUAUGAUAACACUGAACAAAUGAUCUUUUCCUUAAUAGUAAAGGUUUGUGCCCAUAUCUCCCAGCUUUCAAUCUCAAUCUAAUUUUAUGAUUUGAUCAAGCUCUUAUAAAUUAUGUGAUCUUAUCACACAUUCUUACAGUUGCUUAAGGAAGAUAUGUGAACUAUUGGAGACUUUGUAGGAUCCAUGGGAUGCCUAUUUUUGAAUACAUGUAGAAUUGAGCUGUGUUCAUCUCUAGUAUAAGUAGGUGGAACAGUAGAGAAGUUGUAUAUAAAUAUAGCAGCUUUAGGGCUGUUUGGGAGCGUGUAUAGGAUCACAUCUUUUGUGUUUUUAUGGGGCAUAAGCAACCAGGCCUUGCACUUCAGAUGGGAAGAGAAGUAAGCCAGGGUCCCGGCACAGCAUGAUAGGCUACAGAUCCUUUUGUCUCCAGAACAUAGCUGCUGUGCCCAUUUUCUUUGAGGGCUCCCUUAAGCACAUAAGAGAGGGAGCCAUACUCCUCCUCUUCUCUUAAAUUAAGAAAUUAUUGUCUUGAUUUGAGCCACAUAUUUUCCGCUGUGUAUCAUCCUCUAAACUUCAAACUGUUACUUAUGGUUUCCCCAGAUUAUUUCAGACUUUAGUACAGAAAUGUGUAGUGACACGGAUCAGGAACAUGAAUUAUUAUUGUAAAUAAGAUUUUCUGUGUAUUUUGACAUCUUUUUACAAAUUCAUUGCAUUCAUAUGUAAAUAUUUGUAACAGUGAUUUUGAUGAAAGUUCUCAAAUUUUUAUUAAGUGUAACAUUUUAUUUACUGUAAACAUUGUAUAGCUACAAACAAAAUAGUAUUUUAUUUUAAAAA